AUGCUCUCACGAACCACCGUCGCGCCGACUACAUUCUCGAACUUCCUCCUCCCUCUUUCCCAUGUCCGUCAUGCCUCUCACGCCACCCAGGGUACGGCAAAUAGACAUUCCCGUGAUCCGGCUGGAAAACGUCUUGGUGCAAAGCGAACCGGUGGUGAAUACGUUGUUCCCGGAUGUAUCAUCUUUCGUCAACGCGGAACGAAAUGGUUUGCUGGGGAGAACUGCGCCAUAGGUCGAGACCAUACCAUCUAUGCCACCGAGGCCGGUUAUGUGCGCUACUACCUUGACCCCGAGCGACAUCCGGAUCGGAAGUACAUUGGAGUUUGCUUCGAGAAGGAUGGUAAACUACCGACACCGCGAAAUGCCCCGUCUAGACGGAAACUGAAUCGGGUUGCUGUUUCCCGCAUGUCCGAUGCCCCCGUCGAGCCUCAGUCGAAUUCGGUGGCGGCGGGAGAAACGGAUUCUGUGGUUGGGAAUGUGGAAGUCGUGGAAACUGAGACGGGCGCUCGGCUACGUCCUGGUUAUAUGUAUCGCGAAGCCAAUUGGCAGAUUGGUCGCGCUGCGGAGAAAGCUGGUAUUACAGCUAAGCCGUAUGAUCGCAACAACCGCUGGAUGGCCUGGAGAAAGAGACAGGCUAGAGCCAACCGUGCUGCCCAGAUGAAGAGCCUGAAGAACAAGAAGAAGUCGUCGAAGAAGGGCAAAGGAGGCCGAUAA